AUUUUGUAAGCAAGUCCUCAUGUUAGGAAGCUCUCCUGACAAGCUCUCAUUGUUUUUCUUCUCUGCAAUCCGUCAUUACAGCUCUAACUUUUACCUCAGAGUAUUUCUGGAUCUCUCUCCUGUUGCACGCCACACAGCUGAGCUGCUGUUCAGUCAUUCUAACUACAAUCCUCCCAGCUGCCUCCUGAACUGGAUCCUGACGCUGCACAAACCUCCUCUGCAAGUCUCCCUUAUCCAGUGCCUGUUCACCGGCUUGUCUGCUCCCUCACUUACCAGCUUCCUCUUCGAGAAUCAAUGGCUGAUAAUUCCGGAUCCCCCAAGCAAAUCAGUCUUUCCGUUAACCCAGAGAUAUCCUUAGCAGAUGAUCCAUUGAGGAUCUGUAUAUGGGGCCUCCCAUCUCAACAGGUCAUCACAUUGAGAGCGUGGUUAAAGGAUGAGAAAGGGGGGGUCUUCCAUUCACGAGCUUUCUACAUCAGUGAUGCACACGGGGUUGUUGAUCUGGAACAUUCAGCAGCAGUGGGGGGAGAUUAUAAGGGAAUUUACCCUAUGGGAUUGUUUUGGGCUCUAAAACCAGUUAACGUUUACAGAAGAUUAAUGAAAAAAGACGUUAUGGGAAGCCCUUUGUAUGUGCACCUGGAAGUUUACCCUUACCUGGAGAUUGGUUUGUCUCCUGAAAAUCCUCCAGCAGUCUCUAAAGUCCUAGAGAGAUGGUAUGUGGCACCUGGGGUGCAGAGAAUUCAGAUCAGAGAAGGACGAGUAAGAGGGGCUCUCUUCCUACCUCCAGGUGACGGCCCUUUCCCAGGGGUCAUUGACCUGUUUGGCAGCAUUGGAGGAUUAGUGGAAUUUCGAAGCAGCCUCCUGUCCAGUCGUGGAUUUGCUGCCCUUGCAUUGGCUUAUUUCGCUUAUGAAGAUCUGCCAAGCACAACAGAACAUAUAGACCUAACGUAUUUUGAAGAAGCUGCACAGCUUUUGAUAAAUAAUCCAAAGGUGUCAGGGGACGGCAUUGGAGUAGUGGGUGUGUCCAAAGGUGCAGAGAUCGCACUGGCUAUGGCUAGUUAUCUGCCUCAGGUAAAAGCUACAGUGUGUAUAAACGGAAACACUUCUGUGAAUGGUAUCACUUUGAGAUACAGAGACCUGUUCAUCAGAGGGAUUCCCUAUCACUUAGAAAAACUUCAGGUGACAGAUUUCGGAGCCAUCAAAUUAGUUGAUACUGUGGAAUAUGUAGCGGAACCAGAGCAUGAGGACUAUAUAAUCCCUCUAGAGAAAGCCCGAGGUUCAAUUAUUUUCAUGGUAGGAGAAGAUGACCAAUGCUGCAACAGUUUGAGAGAUGCAAAAGAAUCCAUAGCAAGAGCAAGGAAGCAUGGGAAGAAAAAUGUUAAUGUGCUCUCUUACCCAGGAGCUGGUCAUCUCUUGGAACCUCCUGGUUCUCCUUUCUGUCUUUUAUCUUACAGCCCUUCUUUUUCAAUACCCCUAUUGUGGGGAGGUGAGCUCUUGGCACAUAGCACUGCCCAAGAAAUGUGCUGGAAGGAGCUUCAAGAGUUUUUCCAUAAAAACCUACAAUCUUCUACACAUAGUAAACUAUAAAAAUCCACUUUCUGAUUAAAGCAUGACAAUCCACUGCAACCAAACUGCCAAAUAAUCCUUCCAAGUUCCUGAAGCUAAAACUUCCCUCACUAACCUCAACAAACUAUUAAGCUCAGCUAACAAAGAUCUUAUGGACAAGGGACUCAGUCCACCUCCGCCUCUGGUGCCAUCACCCGGAAACACUCCCACAGAAAACAGGAAAGUGCAUCAGCAAUUACAUUUACUUUGCCAGGAACAUGAACAGCAUGAAAAUAAACAUUACUUCUCAAAGAUUAUGAGACAAAUUCUCUAAGCAACCUCACCACCAGAAGCAAAUUUGCAGACAGCCUAUUAAUAGCCCAAACCCGCCCUAGGUUAUCAGAGGGGAAGAUCACUUUCUUGUUACUUAAAGGGACAUUAAACCCAAAAAUGUUCUUUCAUGAUUCAGAUAGAGAAUACAAUUUUAAACAACAUUCACAUUUACUUCUAUUAUCUACUUUGCUUCAUUCUUUAGAUAUCUUUUGUUGAGUAAAUAGAAAUAGACAUUGGUGAGCCAAUCACACGAGGCAUCUAUGUGCAGCGACCAAUCAGCAGCUACUGAGCCUAUCUAGAUAUGCUUUUCAGCAAAGAAUAUCAAGCGAAAGAAGCAAAUUAGAUAAUAGAAUAAAUUAGGAAGUUGUUUAAAAUUGCAUGCUCUAUCUGAAUCAUGAAAUAAAAUGUUUAGGUUUAUUGUCCCUUUAACAAAUCUCUCCCCACCCUGAGAGCCACCAUGAAUGGGAACAAUUCCACAAAUACAAAUUUCCUGGUAAGCCUGUUUCCACCCAACUUGUUGACCACUUACCCCCACAUUAGGCACCAAAAUCAUGCAUCCAUAAACAAAUGUGACGCAUCAUCUGACACAGAAGCCUCCUGCACUAUAGACCUUUAAUUAAAUUCUGCAAAAAAUGUCAAACUCUCAAAUCAUCCUUUACAGUCCAUGACAAUCUCAUUUGAAAAUGAAGCCUCUUCACACUUGCUAUUGCCAACGACCGUCUCCUACAAAAAACCCUCCCAACUGGAAUCACAGGACAGGCAAAGUUCAGCUUCCCCACAAAGUGAAUGCAUCUCUUUCAAAGUAAAUGUUUGCCUAGCCAAAGCAUCAGUGAUGGUCCUCUACAAGUCCAUCAGCCUGUCAUCUAGGAAUCUUCAUUCAAUCUCACUGUCAAUACACAUCCCUAGGAAGCUCAAAUAUGUUACUGGUCCCACAGUCUUUUCACCCUUGACAAGGAUCCCAAAUUAUGUGGCUACCUCUGUGAAACUUUCCAUUAGCUUCCUGCAGUCAUCAGAAACUGCUGCUCCUACAACAAGUAAUGGAUGACCGAAAACCUCCUAGACCACUUCUCCACCACCCAUGCCACAAAACAGUUAAACUUCUCAAAGUAGGAGCUUGAAAUAGAACAAACAAUUGGAAGAUACAAAUCAACGUAAUGAGCCCCCUAAAAAUGGCACCCCAAGAGAACUUUCCAAUUCAAUUCUAUUAUCUAAAUGUGGACAUUAUUUUUAUAUGUAAACUUUUGGAGGCCCCAACUCUUACUGAGCAUGUGAAAAAAUUCCCAGAAUAUACGUCGUUGGCUGUUGGCUGUCACAUGAUGCAGGGGGGGAAGAAAAUUGAAAUAACUUUUAAAAUUAAAAAAUCUACUAAUUUGAAAUUCAAA